AAUAGCACAGAAGACGCGAUUAUGUCCUUCUCUCAGUUUGGAUACCCGUAUAGCAGUGCUUCUCAGUUUUUGGUCCCAGCCAACCCCAGCACCACCUGCUGUGAAUCGGCGCCUCGCUCAGCCCCAGUCCCGGAUGGGUCCACUGGCUCGACCCAGACUUCCGCCCUCUGCUGCCAGCCUUAUGAGAAUCGACUUCUGGGCAGUGCGCGCCCGGAGCUCGGCACGGCCCUAGGAGUUUACGGUUCCCCUUACGCAGCGGCGGCUGCCGCUGCGGCCGCGGCUUCUUCUCAUGGCUACUCCAGCUACUUGCCCUACAGCCCAGAGCCUCAGGCACUCUACAGCGCCUUGAACCCUCAAUAUGAACUCAAAGAGAGUACUGGCAGCUUCUCAGGUGGAUUGACACAGCCCGGAGCUUACUACCCCUAUGAACCAUCCCUGGGACAGUAUCAGUAUGAGAGGUACAGCUCUGUGGACUUCAGUGGUUCAGCCAGGCGCAAGAAUGCCACCAGAGAGACUACCAGCACUCUGAAGGCCUGGUUAUAUGAGCAUCGAAAGAAUCCAUACCCCACGAAGGGUGAGAAGAUCAUGUUAGCUAUUAUUACCAAAAUGACUCUUACCCAGGUCUCUACCUGGUUUGCCAAUGCUCGGAGACGUCUCAAGAAAGAGAACAAGAUGACUUGGUCUCCCAAGAACAAGGCAGGAGAGGAGAAAAAGGAGGAGAAGAAAGCAGAAGACAGUUAUGGAACAAAUGAAGGCCAAGAUCCAAAAGCCUGCAAAAAGGUCAAACAACUAAGGCUCAGUGAUCUGGAAGACUUAGAGGAAGAAGGUGAGGAAGAGGAGGAAGAAGAAGAAACUGAAGACCAUAGCCAAGGAAACAGGACAGAUAAACGGGAGAGGCUAGGAAAGAGUGCAAAGCUAGAUUCAGCAACCAAUUUUCAGGCUUCACAGACUGAGUUUGAAAAAGGGAACCGUAACCUGAAGCUGCAUGGAACUCCACCUGAGUACUCUUGUAAUCUACCCUGCUCCCAGCGAUCAGACUUCUUGGAAGCCUGGACGGUACCAGCAGGCCAGAUUCACUGUGGGCCAAGUGAAAAGCCCCGGAUCUGGUCUCUGGCUCACACUGCAGGGGCUAGUGUCUUAGCAGAAGAAUCCCAAGUGCAGACUGGGCCCCAGAGUCCUCGUCGCCUGCAGGCCCCAGGGAGACUUUCCUUUUUGGGUCAGGAUUGUGAAGGGACAGCCAUAGCUGGAAUGAGGGGCCAGGCCAGCCACUGCACCACGUUAGAGGAACCAUCCCACGCUGCCAAGAUCUUUAGAAAUUCGACUUUCAGCCUCCAACAUUUGCAGCUAAACUGCGCCUCUUACCCAGGGCUGGCAGAGCCUUGCCAAUAUGCAUCUGGAGCAGAAGCAGGUUAGCGCAAGAGUUGAGAUUUGAAGAAGAACCUUGGGAGCCGUUAGGUUUACCAAAGCGCGCCCCUAAGCAAGCCCAGAGACUGACACGCUGUUUUCUCUGACUCAGAAACAGAUGGACAAACAAGCUGUGGCUAGCUUCUCUCAGUCCUUUCCUCCCCCCUCCCCCCCCUCCCCUCCACUGAGAGCUGGGAGCAGCCUGCGAAAGCACAGCUUUGGGAAUAAAGGCACAGACUUCGGAAGGAGAGCAAAGAAAGGACUUGAGUGAGGUGGCCUCAAGCAGCGGCCGCUGGUUUCUUAUAAGUGGAAGCGUUCUCCUUUUCCCUCCGUCCUAUUGCCCUGUGUCCAUCACAGUUUAAAGCACCCAAACUCGGAAUCCCUCAGAGCACUAAAUAUUCUCGUUUCACUGGCAGUGGUCAAUUAGGCCGCCUUCGCCAAACCAAUCUUAGUAUUCUCCACUUCUUGGAUCCUCCGAAGGAGGAAAAACACAAAAAUCCUAUUUGCUAUUUCUUUGGUAAGAUAUGUUUACAAAUUCAAUCUGGGGCUUGGGAAGCAGAAGAAGGGGCGGUUUCCAGCUAAGGGAUCCCGGACGAGGGCCCACUAGAAAUACACGGCUUGAAAACCUCCCCGAGAACAGGCAGGAGGGUCUUGAUGUGCCUUCAGACCCUGGAAAGGAGGAGCGGGAGAGUCCGUUGUGGAAUUAAAAAUGCUUCGCUCAGUGUGGAUUCUGUUGGCUCUGCUGGCCCAGACCGCCCCAGGCACUCUUCAGUGCUUCAACCCCCAGCCCAGGGAACUGAGCUCAACUGAGCUACGUCCUCUGAGUGGCAGCCGAGAGCGAAGCAGGGCCGGCUUAGUGGGUCAGCUCCCUCCGGGAGCCAGGGGACCCGGCUUUGCGAGAAAUCAGGGAGGAAGUUUUAAAAGGGAGCCAGGAGCUCAGCAUUGUUUCUGUUUAAUGGUGUGGCAUCAAACAUUUUCUGUUCGUCCUAAUAAACGGAGAGGGGGCGAGGGAAGAAAGAAGCUUUGUCCCAUUUUCCAGAACUAUGAACAUGCACUUGCUUCAAUUAAGAAUGCGGGUUAAUAAAAGCGACGGCCCCAAGGACCUACUUGACACCAACUCUUCUUUUGGUCCUCGGGUCACAAACAACUCUUUAAAACCAAUAGAUUAGUUGCCUUUUCUGUUGUGCUGAGCGAGAUCACUCCUUCAAACAAACAAACAAAUCGAGAACGCAACCUUCCGGAGAGAGCCUGGGCAAGCUUGGAAGGAAAUGCCUCUGUAGCUGCGGGCGAGAGUGGGAAGUUAGAAUUAAAAAAAAAAAAAAAAUAGCUCUAAAGGGAUGGGAUUAGGUCACUGGAAGUUGGGAUAGGACCCGACUGGGAGCUGAUGGUUUGCCUUCCCGCUCGUAAAGUUUAAAGAUGGGCUAAGGAUGUGAA